AUGACGAAGCGUAGAGGAAAAGCGAAGGCAUCCAAGAAUUCGCCUAAGAAGACGAGCAUUAAGCACACCUUGACCCCUGACUCUUUCGCAGACGAUGCGGUCGACACUUUGAUGGAAGCGGCUCCACCCCCCGAAGUGAUCGAAGACACGAUGGUCGGUAGACCGAAGUCCAAGAAGUCCAAUAAGUCUAAGGACGAGACCGGUGAUAUGAGCACCAAGAAGUCCAAGAAGAAGAAGGAUGAGAAAAGCACCAAGAAGGACUGA